AUGUCAAGCCACAGAACUCACACUAGAGUUGCCGGCGCCCCGGACUAUGAUAAUCCCCAGUUUUGGGAUACCAGAUUUGCGACCGGUCAGGAUGUCGGCGAAUGGCUCAACUCUGGAGAAGCUUUGGUUGAAGCUGUCUUGUCAGACUUGGAACACCGUUCUGGCUUCGAUGAGCAGACUCCACGCGUCUUGCACCUUGGGCCGGGUGUCUCAAAGCUGGGCCCGAAGUUGCGAGAUGCUUGCGUUCAGCGGCAGUGGAAGGGACGUGGUAUUGUGAACGUGGAUUUUUCCGCCGAAGCUGUUCGUCUUGGACAAGAUGCCGAAUACCAAAUACCUCCCGACCAGGCCAUGGCUUGGCACCGCGCUGAUUUGCUCUCUUGGGACGAUGUCUCCAGCGUGUCUCGCUUCGCACCAUUUGACGUGAUUAUAGACAAAAGUACGAGUGACGCGAUCGACACUUCUGACACUCAGUAUUUUACCGUGACUGAUGACAUGUCUCGUCUGUGCCCAACUAUCAAAGAAAUCCUCUCUCGGAAGCCCUCGAUCGCCCCAUCGCCAGUGGAGGUACUUGCUUUGCACCUAGUCCCCUUGAGCCGCAAGGAAACUACGUGGAUUGUAUUAUCAUAUUCCAGCCUGCGAUUUGAUAAUCGCCCAUUUCUCGAAAGAUAUUGGUCGCUGCGAUCGCGCAUACCUUUGAAAGCGCCACCAGGGCCCGUGUCUUCCUCUGCCUAUACCCCCGAAACUUUCCAUUGGCUCUACAUCUUGGACCGGAAGUAA